AGGCGGGGUUUUCUGCCUGGAAAUCGCUUCGACGUGUCUCCGGAGCAGCAGCAGCAGCAGUAGAAGGGGAAGUGUGUGUGCGCGUGUCCGAGGGUGUGUGCGUUAAACCCGGGUUUCAUCAGCUUCAUCUCCCGCUGCAGGAAGGACUGCGGUUUCCAGGGAACAUGGGGGAAACGCGCUUACCAGCACACAUGUUCCUGUGGAGUCUUUCUGCCAUCUACAUGUUCGCCUUCGCGUCUCUUUAUGUGCAGAUUCCUGGUCUCUACGGUAACGAGGGCAUCCUCCCGGCGAGGUGGAGGCUGCGGGUGGUGGGGAAGAGCGUGUGGGAGCAGCUGAGGGACACGCCCACUCUGCUGUGGUUCGGCCCGAAGCUCGGCCUCGACACGCAGCACUGCAUGGAGCUGCUGAGUCUGAGCGGAACCGUUCUCAGCCUGGCGGCCAUGACGGUCCCCGCCCUCAGAGACUGCAGGCUUUAUCUCAUCCUCUGGGUUCUUUACCUGUCUCUGUACCAGGUCGGCCAAGUCUUCUUAUACUUCCAGUGGGAUAAUCUGUUGUUAGAGGUGGGCUUCCUGGCCGUCCUCAUCGCCCCUAUGAGAAUGCCGUGGAGUUGCAGGUCGAGUUUCCAUGACAGUGUGACCUUCUGGCUGCUCCGCUGGCUGCUCUUCCGCCUGAUGUUUGCUUCCGGAGUCGUCAAACUGACCAGCCGCUGUCCCACCUGGUGGGGACUCACAGCGCUGACGUAUCACUACGAGACGCAGUGUAUCCCGACGCCCCUGGCCUGGUUCGCCCACCAGUUGCCCGUGUGGUUUCAGAAGCUCAGCGUACUUGCCACCUUCGUCAUCGAGAUCGCCGUGCCGUUCCUCUUCUUCAGCCCCAUCCGCCGACACCGACUCUCUGCUUUCUACAUGCAGGUCUUGCUGCAGGUGCUGAUCAUCCUGUCAGGGAAUUAUAACUUCUUUAACCUGCUGACCAUCGUGCUGUGUUUCUCUCUGCUGGACGACGAACACGUCAACUUCUGGCUCUGCAGACGCACGCAGCAGAAAGAGAAGAAUUCCCUGCAGGCCGUGAUGGCGUGGGUGUGUGUUGCGGUCGAGGUGGGUGUUUACGCGCUGCUCAGCUACUGGACCGUCCUCUACUUCGACCUGAAAGUGGACUGGGACAAGAAAAGCGUCUCCUCUAAAACAGCCUUCACACAUUAUGAGUUUAACAGCUUUCUGAAGGCCGUGACGGUGCCCAGUGUUUGGAUCGGAGUUCUGUCUCUCACCUGGGAGAUCAUCACUGCCAUGUUCAGGAGUGCGUGUGUGAGGGGUGUGUUUCGGCGUCUCUGGAGCACGAUGCAGUGGGGCGUCUUCUCUGCAGCAGCAGCCUCCAUGUUCGCCAUCAGCCUGGUUCCUUACACCUACAUCGAGUACGAGGCGCACUCUAACCUGUGGCCCGGUGUGCGCAGGGCGUUUGAGUUGACUGAUCGCUAUCAGUUGGUGAACUCGUACGGUCUGUUCCGGAGGAUGACGGGGGUCGGAGGUCGUCCCGAGGUCAUCAUGGAGGGCAGCGUGGACGGCAGCACAUGGACGGAGAUUGAGUUCAUGUAUAAACCAGGGAACCUGAGCAGAGCGCCCCCGGUGGUCACUCCUCAUCAGCCCCGACUCGACUGGCAGAUGUGGUUCGCGGCUCUCGGACCUCACACACAGAGCCCGUGGUUCAGCAGCCUCGUACGCCGACUCCUGCAGGGGAAGAGGGACGUGAUAAAGCUGAUUCAGACGGACGAGACUCAGUACCCGUUCAUUAAACAGCCUCCGGUCUACAUCCGCGCUCAUCGCUACAAGUACUGGUUUACCGAGCCUAAAGAGGAUGGCUCAUUACCUCAGAGGUGGUGGAGGAGGAUCUACGUAGAGGAGUUUUAUCCUCCUGUGCGUCUCGGUGAUGCGGUGUUGGAGGACACGCUGACUCAACACGGCCUCAAUAUAAAGGAUAAAUCUCCCACACGGCGUGCUUCGGGUUCGUGGCUCUUGCGGAUGUUGCAGUCUGUAGGUGAACACGUGAGGGACGUUCCUGCUCACGUCCUGCUGUGGACCCUCUUCAGUUCAGCAGCUACCGUGUGUCUGCUCAACUGUCUGCGCUCACACACUCGUCCUCCGACACACACACACUCCCGAGAGCAGCAGCAGCAGGAGGAAGAGGAGGAGAACGUAAAGAAGGAAGAGGAAGCGAGAAAGGAAGCAGAAGAGGAAGAAGAAGUGAGACAGGAAGCAGAAGAGGCAGUGAAUGAGCAGGAGGAGGAAGAGGAGGAGGAAGAGGAUGAGCAUGAGCAACAGGAGGGAUAUGAGGAAGAGGAGUUUAUAAAGAGAAGUGAUGAGAGCGAUGGAGAGGAAAAUACAGAGUCAGAGCCUGUUAGGAAGAGGAAAUAAAACACUACUUCUGAAUGCGCUACAUCACGUCACGUCACAUCGCAUCACAUCGCAUCGCAUCUCUCUCGUGCUGCGUUUUCUUUAUUUUCUAAAAGAAUCGUAAAUUAAAUUGAUUUCUUUUAUUAAACUCCUCACCUGCUUUCCUCAUGCGUUCUGGGCGAUACGCAGAAAUAUCACAAUGCUUAGACAUUUUCAUUAAAAUCACUUUUUUUAUUUUAAAAGUAAAAUUAGAAGUGCAACACAGUCGACUGAAGUGUUAGAACACUAUAAACGCACUCGCGAUAUUCUCAGAAAAGUGUAUCGUGGUGUAAUUUAUCGCAAUAUCAGUGUCGUCUUGUCAUUUAAGCUGUUCCACCUGAUCUUCAGUGCUUGUUUUAUGUCUCAUAUUUAAUCACACACACACACACUUUCAAUCCUGUGACGAGAGAGAGAGAGAGAGAGAGAGAGCUCAUAUUGAGUAGUUACUUAUAAAAGAUUGAUUAAUAAAUGAAUUAGAGAAGUUAAUUAUAAAAGCUUAAUUGGCCGUUUAGCUCCAGCGUUCUGAUUGGGUCGUGAGAUUUAUCAGCUGCAUGACAAUCCAAUUUUUUUUUUAUCUCAUCAUUACUUCCUCCGCCUCACUAACACACUCGUUCAUUUAUUUUAUUCUAUCACUUUACAACCUGCUGAUUGUGCCUUUUCUUUAUUUUUUUUCCUCUUUCUCUUCUUUUCUUUUCUUUUUUCCCUCUGAGUUCGUUCGGAUGAAUUUGUCAAAGACUAACACGAAGUAAAACACUUUUUUGUACAUUUAUAAUAAAACAGUUUACAGUUUAAAAGAGUUCUGGACUCUGAUUGGUCAGAAGGUGUUGAUUAGUUUUCUAUAACAGCAGCUCUGACAGUAGUGCAGCUGCAAAUCACACGUUUAUUUAUAAUUAAUGCUCUCGUUCUAAUACGUUAUCGUUUCUAUAGCAACAGCUCGUUCACAGCGGCGUGUUCAGCAGAUGCUUUUAACGGAUUUUAAAACGUAAAACGACAAGCUGCAGUUUUGUUUUUUUCUCUUAUUAACUUGAGGAGAGAGAAUAAAGAGGCUGGUGAGGGAACGAGUGUUUAUAGCUGCUAUAACGUAAGCGACAACAGGAACUAACGCUUCACAUACAUUAAAUGUAACUAUAAACAGAUAAAUUAUGAUGUGUCGUUCUUCUAUAAAUAAAAGUAUUGUAAUUGUUGGUAAAUUGCUGUGGUGUAAGAGGAAUAAAACACACAGGGAUGUGCUGUUAGAGGAAAAUAAUCAACUUCAGGGAGGCAACAGUAACUCCUGUUAUACCACACACACACACACACACACACACACACACACACACACAGUGUUUAUUACUUUCUUAUAAAACUUCUCUUUUUGAAACAAAGUGGUAAAUAGGUUUAAAGUUUAAAUCCGAUCUGCUGAGUCUGAUUGUUAUUUUAUUUGUGUUCGCUGUCUGAUGUGUACGGUUUUAAUUUCAGGGAAAGAUGAAAAGAAAAGUGGAGAAAAAGUGAAAUAAAGCAGUAGAAGUCAUGUGAUGCUUUUAUUUAUAAUAUAUUCUUUAAUUUAUUAUAUAGAAUUUAUAAACAGGAUUAUAGAGAUCUUAUCCAGUCAUAAAUGUAGCCAAACAGAAUCUUACAGUAUGAAGAGUAAAUUAAUUGUUAAUAUUCGCUAGUUUAUUUCAUUCCGAGCUUUUUAUGCAAAUCUGUCUUUAAAGCUGCAGUAUGUAAAAUUUUUAAUUAUCUCUAAAUGCAUGAUAAUCAUAUCAAUAUGAUUAACAAUGUCUUUAAAAACUGUGAUAUGUGAUUUUACCAUACAGUGGGUCUCUGAUUUUAUUUUUGUUUCAGGCUUGAAUUUACAUUUUUCUGGCCCUGAAA